GUUCAAGAAGUCGGGCCAACUCAACAUUUUCACGUGAAAUCCAAAUUUAAUGGAUGUAUUUGAAGAUUUUGGCGAUUGCUAAAAAUUUAAGAUGGGAGACUUCAAGGUUCACCACAUACGUUUCUUUGACUACCAGCCCAAGUCCAUCCAAUGUCUAGCAUAUAAUAGUCAACAAGACAGGAUAGCAAUUGGCAGGUCUGAUGGCAGUCUGGAGAUUUGGUCUAUCAAGGAUGACUGGUUCCAGGAAAAGAUUAUCCCAGGGUCUAAUGACAACUCUAUUGAAGCAGUAGCUUGGUGUGGGAAUCGUGUUUUUACUGCAGGUAUUCAAGGCAGUAUCGUGGAAUAUGAUCUAUUGACACUGGAGAGAAAAGUCGUGUCAUGGUCCAACAAUGGAGCAGUCUGGAGUCUAGAAUCCAAUAUGGCAGAAACACACAUUGCAGCUGGUACUGAGGAAGGGUGUAUUGUUCUAUACGAGCUAACUGAGGAGGGACUUGAGUAUUUCAAAGCAUUUGAUAAACAAGAAGGUAGAGUACUGUCCCUUGCCUGGGCAAAGGAGGAUAAAUUAAUCGUAACUGGGGGCAUUGAUAACAUCCGUAUAUGGAACACCACAUCUGGCCAUGCUAUUCAGCGGUUGACCCUUGGGCGGCAGGAAGUCACGAAAGAAACUUUAGUAUGGUGUGUUGGGGUGACAAAAGAUUUUACAAUCAUCAGUGGGGAUUCCCGAGGAAAGACAUCCUUCUGGAACGGGAAGCAGGGGACGUUAUCUCGGAGCUAUCAAAGUCACAAGGCAGACAUCUUGUGUCUAUGUAUGAACAAGGAGGGUAACUCAGUGUUUCUGUCAGGGGCAGACUCAAACAUAAUUCAGUUUGAAUAUAUCACAUCAAAUGCAGAUAGCGCGUGGAGACAAUGGGUGCGAUCAUCAGUAUAUGUCCAUCAUAAACAUGAUGUUAGGGCACUAGUGUUGACAUCAAGGAACUUCUUGGUAUCUGGAGGUAUGGACUGCAAGUUGGUUUACAGUCAAAUAGAAGCUAAUAAGUCAAAGAGUCAUCGGAAGAUUGCCCCCAUACCUCAGUAUAGCCUGGUUCACCUUGCGAAGGAUGCAGACUUUGUAAUGUUGCAGUACACAGAUAACUUAGAGAUAUGGAAACUGGGCUCAACUAAGGCUGAAACAGGCAAAAUAGGGGAAGCCCUACCCUUACACAGGGACCCAAUGAAGUUGAUAGAACUUCAUAGUAAAGGGGGGAAUCACAUAGUCUGUAGUGCUAUAUCCAGGGAUGGAGAGUAUGUGGCAUACUCUGACACAACUACAAUUAAAGUCUUCAAGAUAAUCCAAGAACAAGUUACAGUGAUGUCACCAAAAUUAACGAUACAAAAAUUGAAGAUCGGAAAACCUGAUCAUGCUCACAGACUUGAAUUUAGUGCAGAAUCUGACUGUUUAUAUGUUGCAUCAAAAUCAGGACGUGUUAAUGUACUGAACUUCCUGGAACCUGAAUCUAAAGAGACAACACUCUCUAGGAAAGGAGAUUGCAUGGAACCCAUACAUCUUAUGACGCUGAGCCCUAAUGGAGAUUACCUAGCAACAGGGGACCAUGGCAACAAUGUCCAGAUCUUUAGCACAAAACAACGAAAGCAUAUCUGUAGCCUCCCUGUGUAUAGCUGCCAGCCUACAGCUAUAGCUUUCAACCAGACAUCAACAGAACUUGUAGUAGCCUACACAAAUCAAAAGAUAGUAGAGUUUAAUAUAGAAGAACAGCAAUACACAAAAUGGUGCCGGAUGGCAUUAGAUUCAUUCCCUUUACAAUGGCUACGGCAGCACAAUAAGAUAUCUCAUGUUGCAUUUAACCCAUCAAACCCUGAUCAAAUAUUGAUCCAUAAUGAACAGAUGUUCAGUAUCCUGGAUAAAUCUCAGCCAUUUCCGAAGCAGAAUACAUACUUGAUUAACAAGGAUGGGCAGCCAAUAAAGAAGGACAAAGUGGAGCAUGCCUUUCAUCUGUGUACUCAGUUCAGGUAUCUGAUGUUUGCUGACAUGGUAGGACCCAACUUUAUGUUAGUGGUAGAGCAGACUCCUACAUCUAUAGUUGACAGACUACCGCCAGCACUGAAGGAGAAGAAAUUUGGGACAUAAAUAUGUACAUAAUGGACAUUUGAAUUUUUUAUGUCAAUAACUACAAAAAUGCUAUAAUAAAUAUCUUCCAAUACAAAAAAAUUGGAGAUCAGUUUGUUUUAGUUAUGAAAUAAUUUUUUUGAAUGAUUCACUCAUUGAAGAUGAAAUGGUGUAAAUCAUAGAAAGAAAAUCUAUGCAGAUAUUACAAUAUACAAAUUACAAGAAGAAACUUGCCCAUAUACAAUACUCUAGCUGUAAUGGAUUUAUAUCUAUCUGCUAUUAGCCUGGGGGCAAUAAUGGAAA